ACCGCGCGUCUCGCAAUCGGAGAGCCGAGAUGGCUGCGCUUCGCCGGCUCCCCGUGCUCGGGAGCCUCGCCGGCCCCCGGCUUGGCCCCGCACUGCAGGGAUUGGCGGGGCGUUCCACCGAGGGCAGCCACACUCCGCAGCCGGGGGCCAACGGCUGGCAACUCUGCGGCGCCGUGUGUCUGCAGCGGCCGGCCGUGGUGUCGCGGGAGAAGAACCAGAUGGAAAGCGCGUUCGCGCGGCUGCUGGAGCAGAUGGAGCUGGAGAAAAGCCUCUAUUCUGAUCAUGAGCUUCGACUCUUUGAAGAUGAAGAAAGGAUUCAAAGAAGGCAGGCAUAUGAUUAUGAUUCAGAUGAAGAGGAUGAUGUUGGCCAUGACAUUGUGACUGGUCAUGAUCUGGAGGAUAUGUGGGAACAGAAGUUCAGACAGUUCAAACCUGCUGAUAGAGUACAAGAAGCUGACAAGAAGAAUGAUAGAUCAACGUUGAACAGGCGAUUGGAUGAAAAGCUGCUGUUGUUAAUAAAAGAAAAAGUGGAGGAUGAAGAUAUCUGGUUGCUACCACAGAGUUACUGGAAACCAGGGGAAACCAUGAGGCAGACUGCAGAACGCACCUUGUCGACUGUGUCUGGAAAUCAAUUGCAAGCUGUUUUUCUGGGUAAUGCUCCGUCUGGUUUCUACAAAUACAAAUAUCCAAAGGCUGUACAAACUCCUAGUAAUGUUGGAGCCAAAGUAUUUUUCUUUAAAGCCUUGCUGAUAAAUGGAGAUCUUAAGAUGAAAAAGAAAGAAGACCAUGUGUGGGUAACCAAGAGUGAGCUGAAGGACUACCUCAAACCAAAUUACUUAAAACAAGUUCAACGCUUUAUCUUUGAUAGCUCAGCAAUAAAUAUGUAGAAAUAUUAUUUUGUUAAAAUUGAAUCCUUCUGAAUAUUAAAUUAUAAAUCAAAUCUUGUGUGCCACUUUUUAUUGUACUUUGUUGUGCUCUUGGUUCUUCACUUAAGUUUCAAAAAUCUGACUUGGAAUGUCCUGUUUUCAAACAUUAGGUCCAUUUUAUUAACACGUAUAUUUUUUUGGAAAGCACUCAAAACCAGAUUUACUAUCCAGACCCAAUGAUGCAAUGAUGCCUGUGUCUAAACCAUUUCGAGGUCAACAGCAUUGCCAAGUGCCAAGUCCAGACCAAGUAAAGAUAGCAGUGGCAUUAGUGAGGCAGAUGGAUUUUUAAUUGUAAUCCAGUGGUUUAGUAGAUAUUAAUGACUGUUCCAGAUGAUUAAUAAUUCAAAUUUCACAGAUGUUGUAGGAAUUAAAAUUUACUCUUUGUAUUGCUGAUCUGAUAAUUUAACCUGAUAUCUGUACCCUUUGUUGAUUUGCACAUGUGGAAAUGAGUGUGACAAUAGAAUCCUUGAACUCAAAAAUAUAUCAAUCCUUUUGCUGAGCCAUUUGAAGGUUUGGUGCUGAAUGUCCCAACUAUGUCAAGGUAAGGAUUGACAAUCUUGGGAAUGAAGAUAUAAACUUUUGGAGAUGCUGUUGCUUGGUCUCAUCAGUUUGAUUCCAUCUCACACUGUCAGAGAACACUGUUCCAUUAUCAGUCAUUGUCUACCAGACACUAGGCAGCAAAGUCAGAACCGUUAGACAAAUCGAUGCCGAUUUUAAACUGCAUAUUAUCUAACUGUUGUAUUUGUCUAAUAUUUAUCAGUGACAGUGAAUCUUGCAUUUAAAUUUCUUUUCUCUUGGAAGAUGCAAAUUAUAUAUAUUUUUCUGGAUCUAGCCUAAUUUCAAUGCAUGCCACUGUGUGCCAAAAUCUUAAUAACUUUACCUCAUAACAUCAUAGCAUUUUAUUGCAAGCUACUUUCGUUCAUGGCCUUAUUCCACUUAAAUCUGCUUUGUUUGAGGAUUCACUCCACAAGUCAUUUGUAUUACCAUACAUGGUGACAUUAAUUAUGUAUUAAAUAAUUGCACACAUCAUG